CAUAUCCUCAAAAUGACCGCUACAAAAAUCCCCGUCCUAAGCCAGGACGCCCCAGCCCCCAGCCCUCUCAUGUCACAAGCAAUCAUCUGCAACGGCAUGGUCUACUGCUCCGGCAGUUUGGGAAUUAAUCCCCAGACUGGAAAGUUUGUUGACGGCGAUGCUUCUGAUAGAACUGUCCAAGCCCUCCGCAACCUCGAGAACAUCCUCAAAAGCGCCGGAAGCAAUCUGGACAAGAUUGUUAAAGUGACGAUUUUCAUUUCGAGUAUGGAUCACUACGGCAAAGUGAAUGAGGGGUAUGGGAAGGUUUUUACGCAUGAUGUUAAGCCGUGUCGGACGUGUGUUGGUGUUGCGCAAUUGCCUUUGGAUGCAGAGGUAGAGAUCGAGCUGGUGGCUACUUUGUAGAUUUACAUAUAUUAUGAUACUCUAUUGUUAUUGAUGUCUCUGUUAUGUCCAUCGUCUUGUAGAUAGGUAUUCUAUGUUGGCGGGGGUGACUUGCCUGACUUCCUAUGGCUUACCCCGCUUGAGAUAUGAUAACACGAAGAUUGCAAAAACAUCCACAGGGGCUAGAGU